ACAUUUGCACUCAGAUUGAUGGGUUCCAUCCUAAAAGUCUGAGGACACUUCAUUCUCUAAUCUCCUUCUCUUGACUCCACGAUGGCUGAAUAAUUAGUCAUUUGUGAAGUGAGGUAGAUGGGGACAGUUUAAAGGGACAGUAUUGCAUUUCUGUUUGGUGGCUUUUAUGUAGCGUGUUGCAGCAGUUGGUGCUGAAAUAACACAUGACUAUCAGAGUUUUACUCUAAAUAAGCCAUAGGAUGAAGGCUUUAACAAUAAAACACCAAACCUUGUGUAUCCGUUCACAGUCUUACACACACACACACACACACACACACAAUCACAGAUAUGCACACACAUUUGUAUAUCCCCCUCCCCUCAGCAUACGAUAACAGACGACCGUUUUUAGUUUCACGCGAUUAGUGUUUCAUGCAUUCAUUAGAGACCCCCCAUUUCUCAUACUCUCAUAUUUCUCUCUCCAUCUCAAACGGAGAGACACAGAAGGGGACCAUACACCUGUGCCUUGAAGUGUGGUUUGGGGAAAGGAGAUGUGGACCAGCAAUUUCACUCAUAGAUCCAGAUCAAGCCAUGGAUAACAGUAGCCUGGGCUGGCUCGGGGAAGGGAACGCUUCUCUCCUGAACGACUCGGAUUUGUGCGGCCGGUCAAGGCACCGGGCCUUCCGCGUGGCACUGUACACCUUCCUUACGGUCGGCAUCGUCUGUACGGUGGUGGGAAACUUCCUGGUGGUGCUCGCAAUUGCCUACUUCAAGCAGCUGCAGUCGCCCACUAACUCCUUUGUGAUGUCGCUAGCUGUGGCAGACUGCCUGGUGGGCUUGGUGGUGAUGCCCUACAGCAUGGUGCGGACAGUGGAGGGCUGCUGGCUCUUCGGCGCCCUCUUCUGCCAGCUCCACUCCAGUCUGGAUGUCAUGCUCUGCACCGCCUCGAUAUUCCACCUCAGCUGCAUCGCCUUCGACCGCUACUACGCCGUCUGCAACCCGCUGGUCUACUCCCUCAAGAUGUCCCAGAACCGUGUGGUGAUGCUCAUCGUGAUAUGCUGGGCGGUGCCCAUCCUCAUCUCCUUCGGCCCCAUCCUGCUAGGUCUCCACAUGGUCGGCGUGGACAUCCCCCUCCCCCCUGACGUGUGCAUCUUCCUGGUCAACCGCGUGUACGCUGUCAUGGCCUCCCUGGUGGCCUUCUACCUCCCCAUGGCCAUCAUGCUCGUGGCCUACUGGAAGAUCUACAAGGCGGCCAAGAGGCAGGCCAUGCAGAUCAGCGCCAUGGAGAGCCAGAUGGCGUCUGGAGUGGGCAAGGACUCCAGCAAGAAGCAGAGGCACCGCAACGCCAUGAGGAGGGAGAGGAAGGCUGCUAAGACCCUGGGGAUCAUCAUGGGGGUCUUCCUCCUCUUCUGGGUGCCCUUCUUCACCGUCAACAUUGUGGAUCCGUUCAUCAACUACUCCACCGCGGAGGUGAUCUGGGACAUCUUCCUUUGGCUGGGCUACGUCAACUCCUCCCUCAAUCCCUUCCUCUACGGGUUCUUUAAUCGCUCCUUCCGGAGGGCGUUCCUCAUGAUCAUGGGCUGUAGGCUCUGCCUGCCUGGGACUUCAGCCGGUAUGGACCUAUCGCACUCUAGGAGAGAUGCCAACGAACGCACUGAUAACCAAUAGUGCAAAGAACUAGGUAUAAAAAUGUUUUUCAAGGUUUAAAAACACAUAAUUUUAAAGUUACCCAAGAUUGUUUAAAUGCAGUUCACAGUACUGAAGAUGGUUCCGGGGAAAAACAAAACAACCUUUAGCUUCAGUCGUUUGUCUCUUAGAAAGAUGAUUUCCACUUUUAACUUGAACUGU